AAUGAAAAAUAUAAACAAGAUAAAACGACUUCCUCGAUUAUUGUUAACGCUGGAGGAUUAUCCGGAUUGAAAAAAGAAGAACGGAUUAACGCGAUCAGUUGGAUGUGUAUUCAGGUUAUCUAUAUUAAUACGGACAAUAGAUAA